AUGAAUUCCGCAUCGCGGUCUACAUCCCUCUCGACCGUUCCAUCGGUAGUGCGACGACCCUCGGUGAGCUCUCGACUGUCGUCUGUCGUCUCCAUCGCCGAGCGCGGCGAGGUCCAGGAUGGAGGGGGAAUCGCGGGGCAGGAUCAGAUAGAGGAGGAGAUUGCAAAGAUCAAGCGCUACGAGGACUUCACCACCAUCGACUGGGUCCAGGAUGCUGCCCGAGAGCAGUUGCGGAGAAAGGCACGGCGGAAACGGCAGGCCGGUCUAUACGGCUCCGGCCAGGUCGACUGGAGGCAGAAGAUCCGGGAAGCCUACGAUGCCGCUCAGGGGUGGAUCGUCGUCACUAUCAUUGGCGCCGCGAUUGGCUUGAACGCGGCGUUUCUCAGCAUCAUCACCGAGUGGCUGGCCGAUAUCAAGCUUGGCUACUGUACCACCAAGUUCUACCUGAACGAGGAUUUCUGUUGCUGGGGCGCCGACAAUGGCACCUGCAAUGACUGGCAUCGGUGGACGGGCCUGGAGCCCAUCAACUACAUCAUAUACAUCAUAUUCGCGACGCUGUUCGCACUCACAGCCGCCACCCUUGUCAAGGCUUAUGCCCCCUACGCAGCAGGCUCGGGCAUUUCCGAGAUCAAAUGCAUUAUUGCAGGCUUCGUCAUGAAAGGCUUCCUCGGCUUUUGGACCCUGGUCAUCAAAUCGCUUGCCCUACCACUUGCCAUCGCGUCUGGCCUCUCCGUCGGAAAGGAAGGGCCCAGUGUCCACUACGCGGUUUGCACCGGCAAUGUCAUUUCCAGGCUAUUUGCGAAGUACCGCCAGAAUGCGUCCAAGACCCGCGAGGUCCUCAGCGCAUGCGCUGCCGCUGGCGUGGCCGUCGCCUUUGGCAGUCCUAUUGGCGGGGUGCUCUUCUCGCUUGAAGAGAUGUCUAGCACUUUCCCCCUGAAAACGUUGUGGCGCAGCUACUUCUGCGCCCUAGUUGCGACGGCUGUCCUGGCCGCCAUGAACCCCUUUCGGACCGGCCAGCUUGUCAUGUUCCAGGUCAAGUACGAUCGGUCAUGGCACUUCUUUGAGGUCCUGUUUUACAUCAUCAUCGGCGUCUUUGGCGGUUUGUAUGGCGCCUUUGUCAUGAAAUGGAAUCUCCGAGCCCAGGCCUUCCGAAAAAAGUACCUGACCAACUACGCCGUUCUCGAGGCCACCCUGCUGGCCGUUGCCACUGCCAUUGUCUGCUAUCCCAACGCCUUCCUGAGGAUUGAAAUGACAGAGAGCAUGAAGGUCCUUUUCAGGGAAUGCGAGGGCGCCGAGGAUUACCACGACCUCUGCGACCCUGACCAUCGCUUCGGCAAUGUCGUUUCGCUGAUCCUAGCCACCAUUAUCAGGAUAUUCUUCGUCAUUAUAUCCUACGGCUGCAAGGUUCCGGCCGGUAUCUUCGUGCCGUCCAUGGCCAUUGGCGCGUCGUUUGGCCGCACCGUCGGCAUCAUUGUCCAAGCGAUCCACGAGGCAAAUCCAAAGAGCGUCUUUUUCUCCUCCUGUGAGCCCGAUGUUCCCUGCAUCACCCCAGGGACAUACGCCUUCCUCGGCGCCGCCGCGGCGCUUAGCGGCAUCAUGCACAUCACCGUCUCGGUCGUCGUCAUUAUGUUCGAACUGACCGGGGCGCUCACCUACAUCUUGCCGACCAUGAUCGUGGUCGGUGUCACCAAAGCCGUCAGCGAGCUGUUCGGCAAGGGCGGCAUCGCCGACCGCAUGAUUUGGUUCAGCGGCUUUCCCUACCUCGACCACAAAGAGGAGCACAACUUUGGCGUACCCGUCUCCCACGCCAUGAUCUCCGACGUCGUCUCCAUCCCCUCGACGGGCAUGACCCUCAAGGCUGUUGAGCGCCUGCUCACCAAAGACAACUACCAAGGCUUCCCCAUCGUCGACGACGAAACGUCAAAGAUCCUCAUUGGCUACAUAGGUCGCACCGAGCUGCGCUACGCCGUUGACCGCGCCAAGCGCGAGCGCACCCUUAGCCCCCUGGCAAAAUGCUCCUUUGCCACCACCUCUUCAAACACCACCGACCCGACCACCCCGCUCAUCCACCCUUCGACCCCGGCCUCCUCCUCCUCCAACCCGCUCGACUACGCAUCCUCGCAGGCCACCACAAUCUCCUUCGCCCCCUACACCGACACAACCCCGCUCACAGUCCACCCCCGCCUUCCGCUCGAAACUGUCAUGGAACUCUUCCGAAAGAUCGGCCCACGCGUGAUACUGAUCGAGCACCGCGGCCGGCUGACCGGCCUGGUGACGGUCAAGGACUGUCUCAAGUACCAGUUCAAGGCCGAAGCGGCCGAGCACCACCUGUCGCAUCCUCGCGAGGGGGACCUGCGGCGCUUGGAAGAGGAGGGCCAGGAGCGCGUGUGGGGCAUGAUUCGGGCCGCUGCGGGCUGGGUGUCGGAUACGGUGGGAAGGGUGAGUCGCGGGCGGAUAAGGCUAAGCGAUUCGUGGGAGGGGCAGAGACGCAGGGGGAAUGUACAUCCUACUGCCGUGGGUGCUGCUGCUAGUGGGGACGGGGGGGUAUUGGAUGGGACAGAGGAGGAAGGGAGGGAAGACGAUGAAGGUUUGGAAUUGGAGAAUCGGUGA